GCUGCCGGUGGAGCGCCCAUGCACCUGCUUUAUAUCGCCCGGGCGCAGCAGUCACUGGGCGAACUUUACCUACUGUUGGACGACAUACUGGACCGCCGAAUGUAUUCCAGCUUCCACAACACGACCGCUUCGGCGCCCUCGAUGCGCGCGCCUGUCGCGGACAUGUACGCGACCAUGGCCCCGCCCGCGCAAGAUGACCCCGGCAAUAUCAAGGUGGUGGUGCGAUGCAGGACCUUUCUGAAGCGAGAGACGGAUAAGGGCACCAAAUGCCUGAUUCGCAUGGACCCAGCGACUGAGAAGACGACAUUGCUUGCUCCCGAGAUCGGACCAGAAGAUCAGCGCAGAUCGCUCGUCGAAGACAAAGAGUUCACGUUCGACCGCUCCUUCUGGUCGCAUGAUGUAGACGACCCACACUAUGCCACGCAGGAGGAUGUUUACAAGUCCUUCGGCGAAGAGUUUCUCGACCACAACUUCGGCGGCUACCACACAUGCAUCUUCGCAUACGGCCAGACGGGCUCGGGCAAGAGUUACACCAUGAUGGGCACGGAUGACAACCCUGGUCUAAUCCGUCGCACCUGCGAAGAGCUGUUUGAUCGCAUCCAGCACGAGCCGAAGCCAGACACAACCUACCACGUCCAAGUCUCGUACUUCGAAGUGUACAACGAACACGUCCGCGAUCUACUUGUGGCCUCUACUAUCCCGCCCGUCUACCUCAAGAUCCGCGAAAGCCCAAAGGACGGUGUUUACGUUCAGGGACUGCGAGAGGAGGAAGUCAAGAACUAUGCAGAGAUUGCUGAGCAUCUGCGCAAGGGUGACAACAGCCGGACGGUGGCAGCUACCAAGAUGAACGACACAUCGUCCCGCUCACAUGCGGUGUUCACGAUUCGUCUAAAGCAGAUCACUCACUCCAUCACGUCCGACGAGACGAUUGAACGCACAGCCCGCAUGCGCCUUGUCGAUUUAGCUGGAUCGGAGCGCGCCAAGUCUACACAAGCCACCGGCCAGCAGCUGAAGGAGGGUGGUCAGAUCAACAAGUCGCUCAGUACGCUGGGCCGUGUCAUCAAUGCGCUUGCAGCUCGUGGACAGGAAACCAAGAGCAGGAAGCCGCGACAGAUUAUCCCAUAUCGUGACUCCGUCCUGACAUGGCUGUUGAGGGACUCGCUUGGAGGCAACUCCAAGACCGCCAUGGUCGCAUGUAUUGCACCAUCCGAUUACGAGGAGACGCUGUCUACACUGCGUUACGCAGACCAGGCCAAGCGCAUCCGUACGCGCGCCUCUGUUAACCAAGACUGCAUGUCUGCCGCACAACGCGACGCCCAGAUCGCCGAGAUGUCAGAGCAGAUCCGUAGCCUGCAGAUCAGCGUCAACGCAGCCAGUUUACGCAAGAGGGAAGAGGCGACAGAACUGGAAGAGUACCAGCGGCAGGUGUCGAUGAUGCACAGGCUGAUGGAGGAGAACCGCCAGGUGUCGGCCGCGAAGAUCAAGGCUCUCACAUCCGAAGUGGAAGAGCUCCGCCCGAUCAACGUCCAACUUCAUGCCGAGAUUGAUAGCCUGCGCCGCCAUCUGGCUCUUGCUGUGGGAGAGCUCAAGAACCCCAUCGUGCUGCCUCCACCAAGGUCCAUUGGCACGCCAGACUUUGAACGUGACGACUGGAUGGAGGGCGACGCAAGAGAUGCAUCUGAUGCAGAGGACAGCGAAAAUGACUCGGACUCUGGCUUCGAUGAAGGCGACCAGCAGGACGAACUGGCGCAGGAGCUGCAUGACGAGGCUCAGGCUUUCUUGAACGAUCUUGGAAUGUUCCGCAAGAAGGUCGGUACUGACGUAGACCGAUUCGAUGUUCGAGAGGCCCUCGCGCACGCCAUUGGGUACGACCAAGGUGGACGUUAAGAUUGAAGGGAGAUGGACUGAGCCUGGGCUGGGAACUGGCUACGAUUACAUGCAGCGAUGGCGUUGGAGGUUGGAUAGUUUUAACAGGUACGUAGUUAUGUAGCUUCAACAAUAGAGAUACCCC